GGAAGACUCCCUUUCACGCUAUGCAAUUGUAUUCUCCCUAUUAUGGAAGGGCAGGCCGAUCGUUUGGGAGCCACCCAUAUUUUGUUCUUUUCCGUUUUGAAAGCAGAUCUUGGUUAGCUGUCACGUGAGAGGUGUGUGUGUGUCCGUCUUACGUAUGCACUCGUUUGUCUGCAUUUGUCAGCAUUUUCGUUUUUGCACUUUUGCGUUUUUUCCUUUCCGUGCUGCGAACUUUUUUGCCUUCGCGUGUACGCGCAGCAAUUCAUAGAGGUUCCCCCCCCAUUAGCUAAAUAAAAAAAAGGAGAGUUAAGGCGGACUAUUUGUCUUUUGCGAGCUGACCAGGAAGUAGAGUUCGUUCGUUUGAAGUGGCGAGUGAGAGGCACAGUUGUGUUAUUUAUUUAUUUAUUUUUUUUGUUUUUGCGACCCGAGUGGGUAGAAGCGCAGCCGUGCAGCCGCAGCGAGUGGAAACAUUGAGCGGUGAAACUUGCCACCUGUCCAAGGGGUGAAUAAUCGUGCGUUGAGCGGAACGCAAAAAUGGGGCACCUGAAAAAGUGGAGACUAUUCUGCUGCGUGUACCUCUUAGUGGCCGGGAUCGGAACGCUGGCCUUGAGGAAGAGCAAAGUUGACGGGGGUGCCAUAGGCAUACAAGGGAAGGAAAAAAAGGGCCCAGUGGAGAAGGCGAGUGGGGAGGAAGUGAAGAAGAAUGGAGCGGAGACAAACCAAACGAGUGUCAAAGUGUGCAGUGGUAGUGACAGCAAAGGUGGCGCAGGGGAGGGGUGCCCAGUGGAGGCGUCAGCAACGAGUGGAGCAGAGCAAACGGGGGAGAAGCAAGACGUGGGGAAGGUGCAAAACGUGGGGAAGGUGCAAAACGUGGAGGUACAAAACGUGGAGGUACAAAACGAUGCUUCCAAUAAGAAGAGCAUUCUAGACAGCGUGGUGAUCCCCGAAGAUUCCUUCGAAAGCGCGAAAAGCUUGUGCGAGUUUGUUGUUAUAAAAAGUGAGCAAUUUAAAGCCUUUUGCAAGCAGUCAAAUUUGUUUAAAGAAAUCCAGCUGCUAAAACAGAAGGACCCGAAUCUGUAUGCACAGAUAGCAGGGGAGUCGUAUGAGAACGAAGCUACCUCUAGCUUCCAAGUCCUAAAGGAUGAGGGGGAUAGGAAAAUCGUGAUGGAGGACGAUAGGCACAAUCCGAAGAUGUCCAUUUUUUUUUUGUUUCAAAAAAUGUGCGUUGGGGGGAUCCCUCUGGCGUGCACUAACAUCCUCAAGGUAGAUAACGUGUUCGACGUGAACCAGAGUGGCGGUCAGCUGGGUGGGGGCAGCGCCGGCAAGGCGGAAGCGGAAGACGUGGAAGGCGAAAUAACGGGCGCGGCGGAGGAGCAGGCAAGCCAGGGGGCCUCGGAGAGCGUCGCGGACUUGACCGAGGAGGGCAGUUGA